AAGGUUCAGUUCCAAGUGUAUUUGCAUCAGCUUCCUCCUCCGUAUCACAACCUAGUACAUCAAAACAGAUUGAAUCAGCCAAAAGCUUGUUCGUGGAGGUGGAAUGUCAGACUGAUCCUCCACAAACAAUGUCAGUGGGAACACAGACAGAACUGACAAAGAUGUCUGUUGGCACACAGCUAUCUACUGGUACACUGAGAGAAACACACACUAGGAGCAAAGGAUUACAAGCAACAGUUUCUUUUAAAAUUGUUGGCACAGAAACCACUGCAGCUGUUUAUGAUGUACCAUUUUCAGCAACACCUGUAAAGGCUACUGGAUUUCGACCACAUAAAAGACCUAGACUGGACUUGGAGGAGGAAGAAGAGGUGGAGGAAGAAGAAGGGUCAGUCAGAGAACCUCAUGACUCAACCUUUAAUCCAGGAGACUCUACAAUAUCUGAGGAAUCUGAAAUUUCGUUUGUGCAGAGGACAAUCUAUGGUGAUAACAAAUUCAUUGUGUUUGAAACCUGCCUGCGUGAGCUGUUUGCCACAUGCCCGAUAUGUAAACACAAGUGUGAUGUAAGUCUACGCCGGAUUGGUACAUAUGUGGCAUUCCUCCAGCUUUGCCCCAAGUGCAGUUACCACAAGCAAUGGGAGAGCCAGCCCACUGUUGGUAGUAUGCCCGUCGGAAACCUUCAGUUAUCUGCAGCCACGUAUUUUACCGGAGGAUCAUUCAUCCAAGUGCAAAAGAUUUGCAAGGGCAUGCAAUUACAGAUUUUUACGUAUGAAACAUUCCGGAGACAUUGUAGGAGCUUCCUAGAGCCUGCCAUAAUCCACAAAUGGAAAAGUGACCAACAAAAACUUUUCCAGAAGUUUAGACAGAGUGGAAACAUUGGCCUUGCUGGAGAUAUGCGUGCUGACUCACCUGGACAUUCAGCCAAAUAUGGGAGUUACACGUUGAUGCACACAGAGAGCAGCACUAUUUUGGACAUACAACUUGUUCAGAGUAAUGAAGUUGGCGGUAGUUACCAUAUGGAGAAAGAGGGCCUAAAGAGAUGUCUUGAUCAUCUAGAGUCAAGUGGCUUAACAGUUGACUACAUUGUGACUGACCGUCACACUCAGAUACAGAAAUAUUUGAGAGAACGCAGCAUUAAUCAGUUUUACGAUGUGUGGCAUUUUGAAAAAGGUCUGUCAAAGAAGCUUGAGCAACUAUCAAAAAACAAGGAGUGUGUAGUUUUGAAGAAGUGGCUUCGUAGCAUAAGGAACCAUGUCUACUGGAGUGCUUCAACUUCUACAACAGGACCAGAGAAGGUAGCUAAGUGGUCAUCCAUUGUGAAUCACAUUCAGAAUGUGCAUGUACACGACAGCCCCAUCUUCCCAAAGUGUGCCCAUCCAGACCGUGUGUCCAAGAAUGCUGCGAAAUGGUUUAAUCCAGCAUCGCUGGAACUCCACAAAGUUGAGAAGGUUCUCUGCAACAAGAGGGUUCUCAGAGAUGUGGCAAAGUUAAGUCACCACUUUCAGACAUCAUCGCUGGAGGCUUUCCACAGCUUGAUACUGAAGUUUACACCCAAAAAUGUAGUGUUUCCUUUCAUGGGAAUGUUGUGCAGAUUGUUCCUUGCAGUUCUACACCAUAACGAGAACAUUGGUCGAGAACAAGCAACAACUGCAACAGGGAAACCAGUGUUCAAAGUGGUGUUUCCCAAGUCUAAGAAGGGAGAACCCAUUGCAAGGCCAUUGAAAACAGAGCCUACAUACAAUUACGUUGAUGACCUAAUGAGGCUCGUCUUCGAGGAGGUUAUAGUAGACCCUGCACCUUUUGUUGAGGAGCUACAGGCAAUUCCUGUUCCCAUGGCCGUUUCUGCCGAGUUCGAGAGACCCUUGAAGGAGAACAAUUGCUCGCCAUGUAUCCCGGUUCAGUCGAGAGGUGGCCGAAAGCCAACAUAG